GCCACACACAGCAGAAAAGAGGCAACAGAAGCUUUCUCCCCCUCUUUGUCUACAGUAUGAAGCUGCUUCUAUUUCUACAACUUGGCUGUCUGUGUCACGCUUUGAAAAAGCCACCCACUCACAAAGACCCAACAGGUGUCCAUGAGAUAGCGAAUGUAAAUAAUACAAGAGGGAGAGUACAAGAGGAAUCCAACAGUGACCCUCACAUCCACAGACUCGCUGGCAGAUGCAGCUUCUCACUAAGGAUUCGUGGAGACGGGAACAGCGAUGUGGCCGCAUUGCCAGCAGACUCCACAGAUGUGCUCCUAGAACAGAUGUGUCGUGAUCUUAAUUGCGGCGGCAUCCAUCGAGUGAGCAGAACCAACCCGCCUCCCAAUGCCACCUGCUUUCACGGCUGUUCGUACCGAGGCGGCCGUUUGCACAACUGUUCCCAGAGUGUGAGAGGCAACUGCACCGGGGUCGCUGAAGCAAUCUGUGGCCACCAGGCUGUCCGGCUGGCAGCGGGGGGGGACCGCUGUGCCGGCCGGGUGGAGCUGUGGGCCGACGGGGGCUGGGGCACCGUGUGCGACGACCAGUGGGACCUGCGGGACGCCGACGUCGUGUGCCGCCAGCUCGGCUGCGGCUACGCCCUCAGCGCGGCGGGGCAGGGAGGCCCCUUCCCGCCGGGCGGAGGGCCGAUCCACCUGGACGAGCUGAACUGCACCGGCAGAGAGCGGAACCUGUGGACCUGCCCGGCCGCGCAGGGCGAGAACGACUGCGGACACAAAGAGGACGCCGGGGUCGUGUGCUCGGAGAGGAGAGCCGUCAGACUGACUGGAGGUCUGGACCGUUGCUCUGGUAAAGUGGAGGUCCACCGCAACGGCAGCUGGGGUAACGUGUGUGACAACUGCUGGAACAAGAAGAUGGCCUCCAUGGUGUGCUCCAUGCUGCGCUGCGGCGCCGAGCCGCUGAAGUUCUCCCAGUUCCUUCCUCCUCUCGCCUUCAACGACGGGCCGCUGUGGUUCUAUCAGUGCGAUCACAACUCGCAGAGUCUGUGGGAGUGCAAUGAGAUGGUGAACCCGGCAAACCUGUGCGUGAGCUCAAAGGCGUCCGGGGUCAUCUGCAAUGGUUCCCUCGGGUUUCACGAGGCCACCACAGCAAUCAUCACUAAUGCAACCGUAUCAACCCCGUUGACGACUGGAGCCACCUCACUCGUUCCCUCUGAAGGCUUACGGGCUUACGGGCUCCUCGGCACCAUCACUCUGGCUCUUGUUCUCGCCGUGGUCCUCGUCACGAACGCGGCGAUCUGCUGCCACUACAGGCGACGACACGCCACCUUGCUGCAGCAGACUGGCACCAGCGGACAACCGACCGCCGAACAUGGCAACAGCUACCAAUGUGCAGGCGACCUUGUCAAGGUCACCGCCAACCCGGUGCAGACGGAAGUCCCCUCAAACACCAGGCACUUUUGGACCCAGCUUAGUAGCGCUGAAAGCACGUCGGUAGAUACAGACUAUGAGCAGUAUGAGACGAGCAGUGAGAAGCCCGUCCCUUUGUCGACCUUUAGGAAUUCUCGGAGGUACAGAGCAGACGUAAACCCUCUGACGAGGCCCGGCGGCCUCGACGGCCUCGAAGGCCUCUGCGAGGAACCUCCUGAACCCACAGAGGAUUUGAUCCCAGAGCCUCAAUAUUCUACAGUGUCAAAGAGCCCCAGGGACUCCUUCAGUUCCUCCAGCACCUCCUCUGGGGAGUGCUACGAAAACACAAACAACGGCUACGUGACGGUCUUCCCAGAUUCAGGACUGGCCCAGCCUUCUGUUGUCUACGACGUCUUCCGCCCUGCAGAUAUCAAUCGCAGCCCUGAUCAAGUGCACCCUGGACAAUCAACCAGCCUGCAGAAUUCAAGUGACCAAGACGACAGCCCCCUCUACUCCCCCGUUAGCCCCGAUCCGGACUCCUCUUCUGAGGACGACUACGAUGACAUUGGCCCCUUACAGUAACCAGAGGAGGACCGUGAACGUGUACUUUAGGGGAGGAAACCCAAUGAGCACCUUUUUUGUGGUUUGCAGGCAAAUCAACAGUAAUUCAAUGAUUACACUCCAUCGGAAAGAGUUCUUUGCAACAUUGCAUUUGAGCACUUGUUUGUGACUCGCGUUGUAAUCCCUUUGUACACAUUGUCAAACCACUGUUUCCUGUGAUACCGAUUAUUACGAUUAGCGCGGUUAAGACUCAGCGUGUGAUUGGCCCUCUGCAGGUAUCACAGAAACAUACUGGGGCCUUUUUUCAUGAGCAAAAACAGUUUCUAAAUCCCACAGUCAGAUGCCACUGACUGUUUGCUGUCGUUUCCGUCUCAAAAAGAACGACAUGUGAUUUUGCGUUAAAGGUGAGCGCGCACUCUGAAGCGCUUCACAUCCCAGCGUCCUACAAGAGCUUUUUUCCAUUCAUAGCUCCAUAGCUGUACUAAUAUAAUUGAACAAAAAACAAAUUGGACAACAUAUUCACUUUGAAGGAUCGACGACUACCAGAAGACUGAGAGGUUUUGCCAUAUUUAACAAUUGUCUGAAUGCCUUGCAGACUGUAACAAAAGUAUUUUUAUUACUUGUAUUAUUUGACUAAUGUUUCUGCACAGAGGUUUGUGACAGCUCGUUUGUGUUCAGUAAAUGUGCCAGUCUUUG